CGGUACCGUACCGGUACUCAACUGGGGCUGUAAUAGAGAGAGGGCUAGGGGAGAGACGGGACCAUAACUUGGUUUUAUCCCAUGCGUAUUGCGUACAUCAGAUAACAGGAUUUUAGAAUAGACUGACCUCCACUUUCCUUACCAAUUAUGAAGGUAUUAGUAACAGGUGCAUCGGGUCUGAUGGGACGAGCGCUUAUGAGGGAGUUUGAGAGGACGCCCUCUUGUGAUGUUCUUGGUCUGGCAUUCUCUCGUGCAAAGGGCGCCCUCAAGAAGGUGGAUAUAACCGAUGAAGGAGAAGUCAGAAAGGUCAUGCAAGAAUUUCAGCCUGAUGCUGUGGUGCAUGCUGCUGUACAGAGAAGGCCUGAUGUAGUAGAGAAAGAUGAAGAAAAGGCUAAGAAAGUCAACUGCAGUGCUACAGAAACAGUUGCAAAGAUUAGUGCUGAGAUGGGUAGCUACUUGAUCUACAUCAGCACUGACUAUGUAUUUGAUGGCACCAAACCCCCUUACAAACCUUCAGAUGCUACCAACCCUCUCAACAAAUAUGGACAACAAAAACUAGAAGGAGAGAAGAUAUCACAAGCACACAACCCAGAUUGUGCAGUUUUACGAGUACCAAUCCUAUACGGCCAGAUUGAGACAGUAGAAGAGAGUGCUAUCACUAUUCUAUACAAUACGUUGAUGAAUCGAGAGAAGACUGACUCGAUUGAUGAUUGCUGUACCCGAUGUCCCACUCAUGUUGAUGAUAUUGCUGUGGUAUGCAGGCAGAUGUGUGAAAGAUGGAAGACUGAUCCUCAGACAUUGAAUGGUGUGUUCCAUUGGUGUGGAUCUGAGUUCAUGACUAAAUACACCAUGAUAACCACCCUAGCUAAUGCAUUCAACCUUCCUCAUGAUCACCUUAAACCAAACCCAAACCAACCAACGGGGGGAACAUUACGCCCCAAAGAUUGUUCCAUGGACCGGUCUAAACUGGAAGCUUUGGGUAUCGGACAGACCACGCCCUUUAAGGAAGGAAUACGAAAGGUGAUGGAACCUUUUGUAACUAGUCAAUGAUAAUGUUUGUUUCAUGACUGGUGAUAGCACAAAAUCUGUAAUGAGAUAUAUUAUUCA